UUCAUUCAUUCACUCGCUUUGCGCUGCGUUUGUAUCAAAACUUUCUCUCUGACCGUUUCGAAAGCAAAAGCUUCAGCGAUCUUCAUCGUUUUGUUAUCGUAUCUUAAGUUGGAUAUGGGUUUCAUAAUGGAAUUUGCGGAGGAUCUGGUCCUAAGGUUGAUGGAGAAUCCAGAGGAAAGAGACAGGAAAGCAAGGGAACACAUAUAUGAGAUGCACGAGAGGUGUAAGAAGAUUAAGGAAAUGUGGGCAUUGCCUAUUCGUCCUUAUGGAUUCUGGACAUUUGAGCGUCACAAUGCUCAACUUCGUUGGGAUCCUCAGAUCAGUCAGGUCGCUGGCCGAAGGGAUCCUUAUGAUGAUCUCCUUCAGGACAACUACACUCCUCCCAAGUCUUCUUCAUCUUCAGACUGAUGAGACAAUGGAAGAUGCAUUAUGCUUUCUGAAUGGAUGGAUGCAUAUGUUUGUUUUCAAGCUAUUUUCCCCAGAAUUGUACCCCCUCUGUUGAAUUGUACCCCCUCUGUUUCAAUUUGUUCGUCAAGUGUAUGGGAGCUUGGUACAAACUCAAUAAUAGCUCAAGACUCGUUUACGAAUGAGAGAGAAAUACUCAUUGGCUUUUAGUAAAGUUGUUUUGAUUCUUCA